AUGAGUACAGAAGUACCAAACUCCGCCCCCUCUGGGCAGCCUGACAGGAAAGGAUCUGUCAAGCGGGCCAGACAAAUGCUGGAUGCCGGCGUGCGUCCAGAACGAACUUCACCACCCCAGCAGAUGAGACAUCCGCCUGUCCCCAGGGAUAUCUCCCAUCAAACACAAUGGCCUCUUCCUGAUUCGGGUCUCCCACCGCACCCGAUCAAUCAACAUCCUAGGUAUCUGGUUCCGCGUGGUCCUCCACCUCAGAGACCACCUCAUCCAAGUGAACUCCCUUCGCCAUCCAUUUACUCCGAACGGGAUAGCCGAGUCUCAGAAAUGAGCUUGGCUCCGAAUCAAAGACCUCCCCGAUCCUUUUCACAACUCCAGCCGCCUCCGUUGGCGCACUCACGCCGGCCGAUAGAUGAUGUCCCUGCCAGUCCUACCAGCACAAUCGACAUGACGACUCCUCGAAUAUCGAUUGCAACAGAAGAGUUGUUCAGACAAUCCGUGACUUCGUCGACACCCUCUGUCCCCGAUGUGCCCCAAUUUCCACCUACUUUUCUGCUGUCCGAGUCCACUCAACCUCAGGAUGACCCCAGCCACCGGACGGCAGGUCUUGUCGCACCACUCAAUGCACGAAAGCCUCCCCAGGCUCGUCGAUCAUCCGUCUCGCCAAUUCCAGAAGAAUUUGCCGACUCUCGCUUUACCAAAUGCUCCGUCGCGUCGAGCCGAGCCGUCCCCUCGAGUUGGGGAUCUGGCCCCGCCGAAUCCGAGAUUCUGGGAGCGUAUCUAGAUAUGGAAUCAGAUGAUGGCCAGCGGUCACCGGGCCUCCAAGAGGAAGAUACGAGGCUCGUCCGAAAUGCCAGUAUUGGAAAGCGAGGAAAGCCGACGAUGCGUACCAUCACCAAGUCUAAUCCCGUUUCCGUUGCAGAUAUGCCAGCACCCACCCAGGAGGAAUCCGUCAAGGGCACAGAAGUACGACCUAUCGGGUUAGGAGUUGUUGCAAACCAGAUACCCCAUAUCCCGAGUCAAUUACGAAAGUCGUCUACUACAGCAUCGAGUGAAUCAUUGAAAGGCGUGGAUCCGGAAAAGCCACCCUUUUCCACACAGUACGACUCGCCCUCUGAUACGCGGCUCGAAAAAGAGCUCGAGGCCUUCGGACAGCUGCCUCACGCUGCUCCAACAAUGAGUGAUAAAAGGCCUGGAGGUCGUAAGCCUCCCGCUCUGAAUAUGCAUGCGGUGCGGGAUGCAGAGGCUCGUGGGAGCCUUUCCAGUCUAUCUGAUUUGAUUCGGAGGGCGACAAAGCUGGCGACGAACCUGGAUCAUGGGAGAACCGCUAGUCGAGCUAAUAAUCUGGCCGGUGGUGAUGAGGCAGGGUUCAGGACUGCGAUGGGUCGUGCAUCACGCACAUCAUGGCCCAUGUUCUUUGGACGCUCUAACUUGCGUAAUGUCGAGCAGCUUAACUCCAGUGAUGACGACCCAAAUGCUCCCCGACGCAGGAAGACAUGCUGCGGAAUGCCUCGGAAGAUCUUUGUGCUCAUCUGCAUUGUAAUCUUCAUCAUCGUCGUUCUCGCGAUUCUUCUCCCUGUGUUCCUUGUCGCUGUGCCCCGCGAGAAAGCGAACUCAUCCUGUGCCGAAAGGAACCCCUGUGAGAACGGAGGUAUGAGCGUCUCGGCCGGCGAUGAAUGCUCAUGCAUUUGUUCGAACGGUUAUACCGGCUCACAAUGCAAUAUUGCGGGUGAUGAUAGCUGCACCACCACCCGACUAAUUAACGGAUGGAAUGCGACCAUGGGCAGUACACUCCCUUCUCUAUUCGAAGGAUCCAAGACAAAAUACGGCAUCACCCUCGACCAAGUCACGAUCAUGGCUCUCUUUAACAUGAACGACGUAUCCUGCAAGACCGAAAACGCCCUCGUGGCUUUCGACGAUGUGACAAGUGACACAAAUAAGACCCGCCGAUCUGUACAAUUGAUAGCCGACUCGAUGCCAUCCGAAGAGAACGGGAAGAACGGUGAUUCAUCAUCGGUCUCAACAACCGACCCAACACCAGUCCUAGCUGUCCGUGCCGAGGCCACUAUGAACGGUAUCCUAUAUGAUGACUCCAACAAGUCAGCUACGACCACGUCGGCACCUACUCAAACCGAGUCAGCGAGCGCUUCCACCACCAGUACCAGCUCUCAAUCCAGUUCCGGGGCCAAGGCGUCCACGUCCACUGGGACCAGCGUUCCCGAGGACGUUGUUGGGUUUUCUCGGGUUGCGGUGUUGUACAUUCUGCAGAAGACAGGUUCACUUGACACGGCCAUGUCUUCGGGUGAGAAUAUCCAAGGAUACCUGGUUGAUCCGUAUGCGAACGCCACUCACCCGGCCAUGACGGUGGGGGCUUUCGCUGUGGAUUUUGAGAAAUUGACGAUCACGCUUCCCAAUAGCACGGUGAAGGCUGAGUGA